AUGCCUGUACAAGCUCCACAAUGGACGGAUUUUCUCUCCUGCCCCAUUUGCACACAGACUUUCGACGAAACCAUCCGGAAGCCGAUCAGCUUGGGUUGUGGCCACACUGUCUGCAAGAUGUGCCUCAACAAGCUCCACAGGAAGGCUUGUCCCUUCGACCAGACCACUAUCAAUACAGACAUUGAGCUCCUCCCUGUCAACUCAGCCUUGCUGCAGCUAGUGGGUGCUCAGGUUCCUGAGCAGCAGCCAAUUACUUUAUGCAGUGGAGCUGAAGAUACCAAGCAUUAUGAGGAGGGCAAGAAAUGUGUGGAAGAGUUGGCAUUGUACCUCAAACCACUCAGCAGUGCAAGAGGUGUGGGUCUUAACAGUACUACUCAGAGCGUGCUGAGUCGUCCCAUGCAGAGGAAACUGGUGACAUUAGUCCACUGCCAGCUGGUGGAGGAGGAAGGACGCAUCAGGGCCAUGCGUGCAGCACGGUCCCUGGGGGAGAGGACAGUCACAGAACUCAUUCUGCAGCACCAGAACCCACAGCAGCUCUCCUCCAACCUCUGGGCUGCAGUGAGAGCCAGGGGCUGCCAGUUCCUUGGACCAGCAAUGCAAGAGGAGGCUCUAAAGCUGGUCCUGCUUGCUCUGGAAGAUGGAUCUGCUCUGUCACGGAAGGUCUUGGUUCUCUUUGUGGUGCAGAGGCUGGAGCCAAGAUUCCCUCAGGCUUCUAAAACUAGCAUUGGGCAUGUUGUCCAGCUCCUUUACAGAGCCUCCUGCUUCAAGGUGACCAAGCGAGACGAGGAUUCCUCCCUGAUGCAGCUGAAGGAGGAAUUCCGGACGUACGAAGCUCUGCGGAGGGAACACGAUUCCCAGAUCGUGCAGAUAGCCAUGGAGGCAGGUUUGCGCAUCGCUCCGGACCAGUGGUCCUCGCUCUUGUAUGGAGACCAGUCCCACAAAUCCCACAUGCAGAGCAUCAUUGACAAGUUGCAGACCCCAGCCUCGUUUGCACAGAGUGUUCAGGAAUUAACUAUUGCUCUGCAGAGGACUGGAGACCCAGCAAACCUGAACCGACUGCGACCUCACCUAGAGCUCCUGGCAAACAUUGACCCCAGUCCAGAUGCUCCACCUCCAACAUGGGAACAACUGGAAAAUGGUCUAGUUGCUGUGAGGACUGUGGUUCAUGGCUUAGUGGAUUAUAUCCAGAAUCACAGCAAAAAAGGAACAGAUCAGCAACAGCCUCCUCAGCACAGCAAGUACAAGACAUACAUGUGCCGAGACAUGAAGCAGAGAGGAGGAUGCCCCAGGGGAGCCAGCUGCACCUUUGCACACUCACAGGAGGAGCUGGAAAAAUUCCGUAAAAUGAACAAGCGUCUGGUUCCCAGAAGACCCCUGAGUGCCUCCCUGGGCCAGCUGAACGAGGUGGGCCUGCCCUCAGGAGCUAUCCUCUCAGAGGAAGGGGGAGUGGACUUGCCCAAUAGGAAAACCUCUGCUCUUCCAAACGGAAUCGUGUCAACCGGCAACACAGUGACGCAACUCAUUUCUCGAGGAACUGACUCUGGGUAUGAAGCUGCUCUGAAGCCAGGGAAGAUGGACCACCUAAGCAGCAGUGCCCCUGGAUCCCCUCCUGACUUGCUGGACACUGUCCCCAAGAGCUCUAUAUCUGCCUUACCAGUGACCCCUCAUCCUGUGCCUGCUCGGGCCCCAGCAGACCUGCCCUCAGUGUCUGUCACCAAGCAGCUGCAGAUGGUACCACGAGGGUCUCAGCUGUACAAUGCUCAGCAAGCAGAUAUGUUUUAUCAAGAUCCCAGAGGAGCUGCUCCUCCAUUUGAACCAGCUCCCUACCAACAAGGAGUUUACUACCCCACUCAAUCCAUGUCUCGCUUCGUCCGACCUCCUCCGUCGGCGCCCGAGCCCGGCCCGGCGUACCUGGAGCAUUACCCCCCGUACCUGCAGGAGCGUGUGGUGAGCCCUCAGUACACACCACCACAGCAGUACCCACCCAUGGCACAGCCCCUGUACCCCCCACACUACGACAGCCGCCGCGUGUACCCCCCGGUGCAGCCCUACCAGCGCGAGGACGUGGUGCGCGGGAGCCCCGUGGCCAUCGAGAUCCCUCCGGCUGCCGGGCCCCCCUACGUGCCCGAAUCCAGAGACAGAUACCAGCAGGCUGAGGCUUAUUGCCCAGUGGCUCCACAUCUCGGUCAGAUCAGACCUUCCUGCCACAGGGACCUUUGUAACCUUCUGCCUUCAUUUCAGCCUCAUGCCAGCCUGGACGAACUUCAUCGACGAAGAAAGGAGAUCAUGGCCCAGCUAGAGGAGAGAAAGGUGAUUUCUCCACCUCCUUUUGCACCAUCUCCAACCUUGCCUCAUCCUUUUCAUUCUGAAGAGUACUUGGAUGAAGAGCUGAAGGUAGCUGGGAAAUACAAAGGAAAUGACUACAGCCAGUACUCUCCCUGGUCCUGUGACACCAUCGGCUCCUACAUUGGAACCAAAGAUGCAAAACCCAAAGAUGUUGUGGCAGCAAGGAGUGUGGAGAUGGCGAACGUGGAUAGCAAAGCCAUGCGUGAGCAGCGGUUGGACAUGCAGCGCCGCGCGGCCGAGGCCGGUGACGAUGACCUCAUUCCCUUCGGAGACCGACCAACUGUGUCCAGAUUUGGGGCUAUCUCUCGUACUUCCAAAGCCAUGUACCAGAACUCUGGGCCCAUGCAGGCCAUGGCUGUUCAGGGGGCUACCACCAAAUCCAUCAUUUCAGACUACAGUCCUUAUGGAACUCACGGUGGCUGGGGAGGCUCUCCAUAUUCUCCUCAUCAAAACAUACCUUCUCAGGGACGUUUCACUGACAGGGAGAGGCUGUCCAUGUCAGAUGUGGCUGGUCAUGGCAAACAGAUGCCCUCAGCAGAACGGGAGCAGCAGCUGCGCAUGGAGCUGCAGCAGGUCGACCAUCAGAUCAGCCAGCAGACACAAAUGAGGGGACUGGAGGCUGUUAGUAACAGGCUGCUGUUGCAGAGGGAGGCGACUACCCUGGCAGGCCAACCACAGCCCCCACCCCCACCUCCCAAGUGGCCUGGGAUGAUCUCAAGUGAACAGCUGAGCUUGGAGCUACACCAGGUGGAAAGGGAAAUUGGGAAGAGAACCCGUGAGCUGAGCAUGGAGAGCCAGUCUUCACUGGAUAUGAAAACCAAACUGGGCACCACUAAACAGACAGAAAAUGGACAAUUAGAACCACAAAACAAGGUUCCAGCUGAGGACCUCACACUGACCUUCAGCAGUGAUGUUCCGAACGGAUCAGCUUUGACACAAGAGAACAUUGGCCUCCUGUCAACCAAGGCAGCAUCUCUGAGCCUGGGAGAGGAUGCAGAGGGAGGAGGAGACAGCCACGACUCGCAGCGAGCAGGAGUGCCCCCCACGUCUGCUCCCUGAGGUCAGGCCAGCACACCCCAGAGCUGCUCCUGCUGGGGUGGCAGCAGCUCCCAGCACCUUCCAGGGCUGGUGGGAGAAACUCAGGAGCAGCAGCAGUAGCAGAGCAGCAGGUCCAGAGGCAAUGUGCACAAACACAACGACUUAGAAACAAAUCCUGCACAUAGUUCACAUUAACGCAUUUUUUAAUUAAAAAAAAAUGAAAAUUAGCAGUAUCUGCAAGCAAUUCAAAUUAAAUUUGUUUUUGUUCUGUGAAUGAACUUUAUUUUAAUAACUUUGGACGCCUUGAAUCCCAGGGCUUAAAAAAAAAAGAUAUUAUAUAUAUACUCUGUUUGAUUAAUUGUAUGAUCUUAAUGAAGUAGGUUUUUU